AGAGGAUUGGAGACGCUCUUACUGUCAGACGCACUGAACGCACCACUGAGACAGUAAACAUCUGGAUACCUGAGACUAAAAUAAAAAGUCACAUCUGGAUUUGUGUGAUUUGUACAUUGAUCCUGGUACCUGACACGGUCCUGUGCUGGUGUGGAGAAUGUAUCGCACCUCAGCUUGGAUAGGCUGGGCGCUGUGUUUUUGCGCAUCUUUGGCCGUGAGCGCGCAGGACUACCCCGAGGACGACGAGAUGAUCCUGGACUUGAUCCGAGAGGACGGGACUCAGCCUGAAACCGGAGAAGAACCCUCCGCAGAGUUCCUCAGGUGCAACAAGGCGGCGUGGCGCAUGCCCGGUCAGUACCUGGUCAUACUGCGUCAGGGUUCUCACGAGUCCCACGUCCAGAGGACCAUCAGGAGGCUGAGAGCUAAGGCCGCCAGAAGAGGAUACCUGCUGGAGAUCCUGCAGACCUACUCCGGAGCUCUGCACGGUUUCCUGGUGAAGAUGAGCAGUGACGUCCUCCACCUGGCCCUGAAGCUGCCCCAUGUCCACUACAUAGAGGAGGACUCUUCCGUCUUUGCUCAGAGCGCCCCCUGGAACCUCCAGAGGAUACUGCAGCCUUAUGGUGGAACCUCAGAAAAUGGAACAUACAAACCACCCAAUGAUGGAGGGAUGGCGGAGGUGUAUCUGAUGGAUGGCAGCGUCCACAGUUCUCACAGAGAGGUGGAGGGACGCGUGCUGGUCACAGACUUCAGUCACGUCCCUGAGGAGGAUGGAGUCAGAGUCCACAGACAGGCCAGUCAGUGUGACAGCCACGGCACACACAUGGCUGGUGUUCUGAGUGGGUCAGACUCUGGUGUUGCUCGGGGUGCUGGUGUUAAUCUGGUCCGUGUUCUAAACUGCCAGGGAAAGGGGACUGUGUCAGGAGCGUUGGCAGGUUUGGAGUAUAUCAGGGCAACUCUGCUGGCCCGCCCAGUGGACGCAGUGGUUAUUCUUCUGCCUUUUACCGGAGGCUUCAGCCGCUCAUUAAACACAGCCUGUGGACACAUGGUGGCUACUGGAGCUGUGGUCAUCACCGCUGCAGGGAACUUCAGAGAUGACGCCUGCCUCUACUCUCCUGCUUCAGAGCCUGAGGUGAUUACAGUGGGGGCGGUUAACUCAGCAGACCAGCCCAUGGCACUGGGGGCAGGGGGGACCAACUUCGGCCGCUGUGUUGACCUGUUUGCACCCGGUGAUGACAUCGUUAGCGCCAGUAGUGACUGUAGCACCUGUUUCACCUCACGCAGUGGAACCUCGCAGGCUGCUGCUCACGCUGCUGGUAUAGCUGCGGUGAUCCUGUCAGCCAAUCAGAGAGUAUCGCCAGUGCAGGUCCUGCAGAUGAUGCUUCACUAUUCCAUCAGUAACACCAUCAACCUCCUCUCUUUGCCUGAAACGCAUCAUCUUUCCACCCCAAAUCUGGUAGCCGCCAUGCCUCCUGCCUCAGCAGCCAACAACACAAAUGGCGAGCUGCUCUGUCGUUCGGUGUGGUCAGAGAGGUCAGGGGUCACGAGCACUGACAAGGCGAUCAGCCGCUGUCGUCAGGGGGAGGAGAUGAUGGGCUGUAGCAGCUACGCCCCUGACGGCGUCCACGCAGGAGAAGCCAUCAAUGAGAGCGGUGGGCAGAUGGAGUGUGUAGCCUAUAACGGCCCUGGGGGUAAAGGGGUGCACGCCGUGGCACGCUGCUGUGUAACAUCAGAUCUGCAGUGCCAGGUCCACACGAGUCCACAGCCCGGGCAGGACGCCGAGUGUGUCAAACCACAGCAUCACCUGACUGGUUGUACAUUUUGGUCUGCUGGUCAGAUCUGGUCUGGCUCGCGUCCCCAUCACGGUGAUCGGAGGCGCUGUGUGGUGAAAGACAGUGUCACAUCACAUGCACUGUGCUGCCACAGUCCAUCUUUGGAGUGCCACCUGCUGGAAAACACAUCAGCUGAUAAAGAGCAGGUGGAGGUGUCCUGUCCAUCUGGUUGGACUCUGACAGACUGUAACGCCUUCUCUCAGGGCUCUGCUAUCUUGGGGACAGUUGCUAAGGGCAACAGUUGCCAUGUUCACAGUGGCGCUGGAGCGGAUGGGGCAACAGGUAUCGCUGUUUGCUGUCGUAUCAGACCUCCAGAUCAGUCUGCUGCAGCUCCACACUGAUGGGGCCUCGCAUCAUUCUGACACCCCACAUCUGCAAAGCAACUUUCAUAUUCCUCUAUCGACACCUUUGGUUUUGUUAACCCUGAUGUCAACACCUUAUUAUUCAUAUGUGAUUGAUGGCAUUUCAGUAAAAGCUGUUAUGUGUUGGUUUUUAGGAUUAGGUUCAAAUAUUCUCCACUUAAAGAAGAGAGAAGCUGUUACUCCUAGUGCUGUUUUGUGAGCUGUUGAACCAUGCCAGGCAAGGUUUCUAAAGUAUAAUCAAAUAUUUUUUGUAUCUUUUUAAAAAACUAUUAUAAUAAAAACAGCUUAAGUGAA